AUGCUGCCAUUUGAGUCUCCUCCGCCACCCGCUCCGGACAUCUCAAAUCCCGGGGUAGUGUCUACCGAUAUCACAGACCGAUUCGCCGCAGCCGUGAAGACCUUAGCACCUGGUGAAAUCAUCAAAAAUGAGCACUUCACGCUUUUUGAAGCCGUCUCGGCUCUCGAGAUCAUGGACCCCAAGAUGGAUAGUGGCCUCUUGGCUGAGGGAGAGUCGCUUGACGAGGAAUACGACGUCUCCCGAGAUCUGCUCCCCGAAGAGAUCCUUGGCAUUAUCGACCAACUGCUCUGUCUCGAGAUGGCAUGGCAUCUUGGCUAUCCGCUGUCCCAGACUCUCUUAACAAGUGUGUAUGUGGAGGCGCUCAUGAACCCUCUUUCGACAACCAUCGAGGAGGCAGACUUCAUCAGAGACCCCACCCGCCGCAGCAAGCAGCCAAAGCUCCUCUUCAUCUUGCGGGCGUACUGUGUUGGCAUGUUGAAGGCAUGCUGUCUAGUCAACGAAGUGGUCAAGGACGAACUCUUCUACGAGGAGGAAGAUUUCGUCACAAACACAUAUGAUCGCAGCCUUCUAUACGACAUACCAGCGAAACAUGUGACCAAUCUGAUGAUGACGGCCAGGACUGAGCUUCGCGCCAUCAGCAACGACGUACCCAAAGAAAUUUCCAUGGCCCUCGAUUUCCGUCUAGAGCUACGAAUUGCCUUCUUGAGGGCUCUCGAUUUGGCGAACCUGAGAAAGGCCAACCCGGACUCUUUGAAGAUGCCAUGGAUUCAAAUGAGGGGACUCAUCGAUCAUAUCGAAAAGCGACACUCUCUUGGAAAGCCAGUCCCUGAGGCAUUCAGUACAAAACUGCAGCGACGUCUAGCAAGUACCAUGCCUCCUCGUCCCAUAGUAGAACUCAGCUUCGAAGAGUGCUACGGGCACUUCAAGCUAUUGUUCCAGGAUGGUAUCGAAGUGACAGACGUGCUGAAAUAUUCAGAUCCCCAAAGUCUAUUGAAUUACGUCUUGAUGUUCCAAACGAGGAAGCCACAGCCCCUAACCUUCAUCCGAACACUGCUUCAGAGCUUAUUGUUCAAGGAGAUGGUUGUUCUGGGAAAUUACAGCAUUCGACAGAUUAUAGAUCAUGAUCUCUCUCUUGUUGUCGUACCGUGCGGUCCUCAAAUAGAUCCCUCGUACGACAACAUCGAGCUGGUAACUGACCCGCGCCACCAGACCGCGGCGCAGAUGGAAAUCUUCCGCCAACGGGUGGCUGAGUCGUAUCUCGAUAUCUUCAGGAUAUUCUGUCAGAACCGAUGCCGCGUACGACGGACGCUGUGCCACCACAUACAGGAAUGGGACAUGCUUCAAGCCGACGUCGAGCAGAUCGACCAGCUCUUGCAAGUCAACCUCGACGAGAAGCCACUGCAGACCGAGCGGGGCGAGAUCGGAUUCGCGCUCCCGCUGUCGUCGUGGGCUUACCUCUACAAGCUUCGGCAGAUGGAGUGGAUCGUGCAGCUCGGGUUCGAGCUCUCGGUGUACCAGCCCGACGAACUGGCGGGCAUGUACUGGUACCUGAACUACCUAGCCAAGACGCGCGCACAGCACGGCGACCGCAUCAAGUCGUUCACGCAGAGGGCGCGCGAAUCUGUGCCGAAGGGCAAGAAGGAGACCCCGGCGCGCGACCGCGAGCAUCUCCGGUCGCAGGCCUACAUCCGCGUCACCAUGCUCGACGCGGCCUGCACGUGGGAGUUCGCCGACGGCCUGUGCUGCCUGUACACGGUGCUGCAGCGGCUGGGGCUCAUCAGGCCGCCCGGGCCGCGGCCCUACAGCUCGGACGCGCUGCGCUACGACAUGCGCAUGAAGCCGUUCGCGCACAUCGCGCUGCCGCCCCUCCCCACGUUCGACGAGCUCACGCGCGCCACGGGACAGCCCGAGACUAGCGUCGCGGACCUCAUGCGCUACGCCGAGGGCGCCGUCGGCGGCGCGCGCAAGGGCUACGAGGCGCUGAGCAAGUUUAGUGAUGCGCAGGCGUUUGCUGUCGGCUCGCAUGGGCCUUGGGUCGCUAAUGUGAAGGCCUGUCUCAGGGCGGCGAUCGCGGCUGGCGUGGCUAUCUCGACGGUGCAGAAGGCUUGGGCGAGGAUGGAGGCUGAGAAGGCCCCGGGCGGGGAGGGUGUUCCUGGGGGGAAGGGUAUGGAGAAGGAGACGGAGAUGGUUGAGGGUCAGAGUGAGGGUGGUAGUGAGAGUAAGGGCAAGGCCAAGGAAAACGCUGGGGCUGGGGGUAUGGAUCAGGGCAGAAUCAAGUUGAAGCUUGAGAUGCCGGAACCGGGUAAGGGGUAUCAUGACUGGUGGGUCGUGCCGAAGCUCAUUCCUAUUGCGUGA